AGUCAAUUUUUCGAUAUUAUCACAUUUGCCCCUUUGGAGGCCUUUUUAGGGAUUUACCCUCUCAAUUUUCUCUGUUCCCCUCCUGCCCUAAGCGAACACCUUGGUCUCCGUGGCUCUUCUACUUCUUCUCCGCCGCGAUAUUCACUAGGAGUGGGAAGUGAUUAUUAUAAAUCAAUGAAGCAUAUUGUGAAAAUUCUGACAUUGUUGGUGGCCAUAUCUGCCUUGUGGAUUGGUCUCUUACAGACGUCCAUUAUUCCGCGGAGUCAUACUUGGCUGCUACCAAUAUAUUUCGUUGUGUCUCUAGGAUGCUAUGGCCUGCUAAUGGUUGGAGUUGGUUUGAUGCAAUUUCCGACUUGUCCUCAAGAAGCGGUACUGUUGCAGCAGGACAUAGCCGAGGCCAAGGAUUUUUUAAAGCAGAAAGGGGUCGAUGUGGGUGGCUGCGAUUGAUUCUGCACGCAGAGUUCUCCCUAUUCUGUGUUUGGAUACGAAGAAAAGACCUAGUUUAGUAUAGAAUCCAUUGAGCUCCGCUCGUUCUUGCAGUGAUAUGGUGGAUGACUUCAUGACAGCUUAUUGUUUCCGACCUGAUGGAAAAUUGGGAAAGGUUUAACCGAGUUAAAGCAACGAACGACGCCUUUGGAGUUUUGGAGUUUUUAACUUUUAGCAACAAACAGAAGGCCUCUGAAUUGUGGGAAAUAGAAAGCAGUUUUGGAAAGUGUACACCUUAUCAUGAAUUGUGUAUUUUUGUUCUUCUAUUAUAAGUAUAGAAGUUUUCGUCAA